UUGCCAGCGAGGAGGGUGAGGGCUCGAAGCUUGGUUUGAAAGGCAGAGAGAGAGAGAGAGAGAGAGAGGUGGUGGCGUUGUUUUCCUCUAUUUCUUCGACUUGAGGUGCCAUUUGAGGCUUCCGAGCUCAGACGAGGGAAAGGUGAGGCCUUUAGUGGGUUUUGGCGGUGUUUGAGUCGCCUAGAGUUUGGGGGAGGAAAGUUGAUGCGCUGGGGAUAAUGGCGACCUCGUCUUCUCUGGCCGAGGAGAAGACGCGCUGGUGGCUGAGCAACAGGAAGCUCGUCCGCAAGUACCUCCGGGACGCCCGCUCUCUCGUCGCGACGCGGGAGCUGCCCAAGGUCUCCACCGCCGUGGGCCUCCUCGACGCCGCCCUCGUGGUCUCCCCGCUCCACGAGGCCGCGCUAGAGCUCAAGGCCCGCUCCCUCCUCUUCCUCCGCCGCUUCCGGGAGGUGGCGGACAUGCUCCAAGAUUACAUCCCGAGCUGCAAGAUGGCCGCCGCCGCCGCCGACAACGACUCCUCCACUUCCCUCGGCUCCGCCGUCUCCGCCCCCCUCAACCGUGAGCUGCUCUCUCCGGGCGGCGAGGGGUCCGGCGGCGGCCUCUUCUUUCGCUGCUUCUCCGUCUCGGAUCUCAAGCGCAAGUUUUUGGCGGGCCUUUCGAAGAGCUCCGGCGACGAAGGCCAUUGGAGGUACCUCGUCCUCGGCCACGCUUGUUGCCGACUCGGGCUGCUGGAGGACGCCAUGGUGCUCCUCCAGGCCGGCCGCCGCCUCGCUGCCGCCGCCUCCCGACGCCGGUCCGUCUGUUGGUCGGACGACAGCUUCGUCUCCUCCACCGCCUCUACCGGAGGGAACGGCGCUGCUCCGAUGCCUACCGAGUUGGAAUCCGCCUCCCAGCUCCUUUCGCACAUCAAGCUCCUUCUCCGCCGGACCACCGCCGCCGUGGCCGCGCUGGACGCCGGCGUCCCGGCGGAAGCCAGCCGUCUGUUCUCCAAGGUCCUCGACGGCCGGCGGGGCGUCCCCGCCGCGUUCGCCGCUGGCUGUUUCGUCGGCCGCGCCUCUGCCCACCGCGCUGCCGGCCGCCUCGCCGAGGCCAUAGCCGACUGCAACCGCGCGCUCGCCGUCGAGCCCUUCUGCGUCCCGGCCCUUCGCGCCCGGGCCGACCUCCUCGAGGCCGUCGGCGCGCUCCCCGACAGCCUCAGCGACCUCGACCACCUGAAGCUUCUCUACGACUCCAUCCUCCGCGACGGCAAGCUUCCCGGCCCACCGUGGCGUCCCCACCACGGCGUCCGGUACCGCGACAUCCCCGUCGAGCACCGGGCGCUCGCCGCGCGAAUUCAGCAGCUGCGGUGCCAAGUCGCGGCCGCGGGGGGCUGCAUCGACGUGGACUACCACGCUUUGAUCGGAGUCCGUCACGGCUGCACGAGGUCGGAGUUGGAGCGUGCGUACUUGCUUCUGUCGUUGAGACAUAAGCCGGAGAAGGCGACGGCGUUCGUGGCCCGGUUGGAGUUCGCGGAUGAUCACCGGGAUCCGGACGGCGUGAGGGAUCAGGCGAAGAUGUCGGCCAUGGUAUUAUACCGGAUGCUGCAGAAAGGGUACUCGAGGAUUAAGGCGACGGUGAUGAACGAGGAGAAGGUGGCUGUGGCAGUGGCGGCUGCAGCUCAAGUUGCAGCAUCAAUUCCCACGGUGGCGGGUGGUGGGUCAGAGGUGCCAAAUAAGGCGGCCGUGGCUGCGGCGGGGGUGUUCCAAAGGCGGUUUUGCCGCGACACGGCGGAGGCGGGAAGCAUGCAUUGCCAUGGAGCAAUUCCGGUGAAGUGAGUCGAUGAAGAGUAGAAGUUGAUUUGUACAGUGUUUUGGAACUUAGAGAGCAAAUUUUGAACGA